AUGUCCGUCUUCCGUUCCCCAAUCCUCUGCCUCCUCGUGUGGUCCACGCCGCCGCCGUCAGCAGCACCAAAGCCGGGCGUACCACUUGGGGGACAACGUUGCUGGGCCUCUCCGGUGGCAUCCGGGGAGUGGAGUCAAGAAAAGGACUUGAGCAUGGAAAGUGUGAUUUGGAGAAGCGGCGCAGUCUCUUGCAAGAGAUCCGUUUCGCUGCGGCCGGGACAUUGUGACGCUGGCACCGAUCGAGAGAGACAGACAGCAUGUAAACCCGCCCGACGAAAGCAUCUUUGGGGAUCCGAUAAGCAAUGCAGCGACCUGCCCUGUCAGAAUUUAGCAAGAAGAGUAGAAAUCAUGCAGCUCUCAGUUAGUCUCACGCGUGCGGCUAGUUGGCUAGGUACAUCAAACCAUGACACUAAAAGCUCUGCAGAUCUCGACAUCGUGUGCCAAUGCAAAGUCUGGGGAAAGAGGAAGAGCUCUAGCGCGCUCUCUGACCAUCUCUCAAGACCAGGCAGCACGUAA